AUGCAGCAGUAUGGAUCUGACGAGGCUUCCAACGGAGAACGACCGCCGCUCUCUUUCAACAUCUCCAGCCCUUUACCCGUGGCUCCUUCACGGGUAAGGAGGUUUGCUCAGGAGAGGCGAGCACUCCCUCAGCCGAGAGUAAUGGUGUUUGUUUCGGCCGCUAGUGAGACUGAUAAACCAGGCGAUGCAAUGUCUAGCUCGGACUCUGCAGAGGAUGAUUUCCGAAAGCCAGCCACCCCCGCACCGAACCUAAAUCUGAGCAAGUCUCUUCGCACCACCUUAAACGCGUCUCCAUCUCCAGAGGUGAGGAGAUGGGCGUUUGUUGUUGUUGUUGUUUAUUCAAGGACCUUUGUGAUUAAAGGGGCUUAAUUAGGAUGAGUGCAGUGGUGGCAAUGGCUAUAUAAACGUCGCUAUCUCUGAGAAUCUCAUCUUUAUCUUUGCACCAUGUCUGUACAAUUCAGCAUUGUUUUUACAUAGGUGGGAGGCGUGGGAAAGAAACUAUGUAAAGUAUAUGGAUCAGUCUCAACAGGGAACAUAUGCAUAAACCAUAGGUGCGUUCAGUUCGUUUGAACGUUUGCUACGUUGCGUAACGGUUUGUACUGAACGACACGUUUUCCCAAAACAUCCUUGUACGUUCUUGAACAGACUUUGCUCCCGUUUGAUGUGUGGCUUGAAGCAAUGAGUGACGUAUUUAAAGGCCAGUGGCCAUGCUGACAGCGUUCCACAACCCCGCCCUAUUUUUCAACUGGUCUUCUGUACAGCACUGUUUCCGUUCAGUUGAACGUUCCAGAACGUAAGAACAUACUGAACGCAGUCCAUGUCUUGCUUCUUCCGGUGUGUCUUUACCCUAAUUGGUUCACCACCCACACAGAGGGCUGUCCCAAUUGGCUCUUAUUUUCUGUGACAGCCCAUCACUGGGAUUGACCUUUAAUAGUGUAUAGGGAAACCCUUGCCUACAGUGUCAUGCAUAGUGACUGUCACUUGUGAUUAUAAGAUCCUUAGCAGUAAUCCCAUCCUCUUAUUGCUGGUGUUAUAUAUAUUUAUUUGGCUACUGUGAAGCGACUGCAGAGGAAGUUUAGAGGUGAUAGAGGAAAACAAAAGACAAUGACAAUAGUUAUUUAUUGUUGAUGAGUUCUAUAUUUGCACUUGUCACAUGUUGAUUUAAAAUGAUUAGUAAAAUUGGUCUAAUGUUAUAUAAAAGUAAUAAAAAAAUGCAAUUCAUGAUUGUGGUGUCAAUAAUGAUAUCCACCUUUUUUUUUUUUUUAUACAUUUACUGUAUUUUAUGCACAGAUCUUCCAAAAUGGAUAAUGCACUGUCCUGAUUUUAUCCAAUCACCCGUAGUUUCCUGAGGUAAUUUCUCUCAAUGUGGGUGGCACCUACUUCACCACCCGUCUGUCCACAUUACGGCGCUAUGAAGACACCAUGCUUGCCGCCAUGUUCAGUGGACGCCAUCACAUCCCACGUGAUGCUGAAGGUCGCUUCUUCAUUGACCGGGAUGGGGCAUAUUUCAGGUGCGCUCUCUUCAAAUAGCCUGGUGCAAAACAUGCUUAUUACAUGCUAAUAAUAGUGAGUGAGCAUGCCAGACCCUUAUUCUACAACACUUUUGACAUGAAAGCACCAUUAACAGGUUGACUGACAAAAUGGCAAGGUGGGCUAUCCAUGUCUAGACAAGGUUGAAUGAACAGAUGAUUGAGGAUGGUGGAUGCAAUUUCAACUCAAAACGGUGUGUGUUUGCAUGUUCCUUGUAUAGGGACAUCCUGAACUUCCUGCGUGAGGGCGAACUACCUCACAGGGAUCGUGUGAGGGCGGUACACAGGGAGGCCCAGUACUAUGCUAUUGGUCCCCUGUUGGACAGCCUGGAGGACACUCAGCCACUCACAGGAGAGAAAGUCCGUCAGGCCUUCCUCGACCUCCUGCCCUACUACAAA